UCCUCUCAUAAAUAGUUCAUCCGCAACUCGCCAAUAGUCCAAUCACAACUUGACAAGAAGCAGAUCCCCAUCGCCACAACCCUUCUCCCCCAAUCCGCUCGUCGUCGUUUCCCCGCACCGUCUUCGACAGCAAUCGUCGCCCCGCGAAGAUGCAGAUCUUUGUCAAGACCCUCACAGGCAAGACUAUCACUCUUGAGGUCGAGAGUUCAGAUACCAUUGACAAUGUUAAAGCCAAGAUUCAGGACAAGGAGGGCAUUCCUCCGGACCAACAGAGGCUCAUAUUUGCUGGCAAGCAGCUAGAGGAUGGCCGAACAUUGGCUGAUUACAACAUCCAAAAGGAGUCUACCCUCCACCUUGUUCUCCGCCUGAGAGGUGGGAUGCAGAUCUUUGUGAAAACUCUUACCGGGAAGACCAUAACUCUAGAGGUUGAGAGUUCGGACACUAUCGACAAUGUCAAGGCAAAGAUCCAGGACAAGGAGGGCAUCCCACCAGACCAACAGAGGCUCAUCUUCGCUGGCAAGCAGCUUGAGGAUGGGCGCACAUUGGCUGAUUACAACAUUCAGAAGGAGUCUACCCUUCACCUAGUCCUCCGCCUCCGUGGUGGCAUGCAGAUAUUUGUCAAGACACUAACUGGAAAGACCAUCACUCUUGAAGUGGAGAGCUCCGACACCAUUGAUAAUGUGAAGGCCAAGAUCCAGGAUAAGGAAGGUAUCCCGCCUGACCAGCAGAGGCUCAUCUUUGCUGGAAAGCAGCUCGAGGAUGGGCGUACAUUGGCGGAUUACAAUAUCCAGAAGGAGUCUACUCUUCACUUGGUUCUCCGCCUACGUGGUGGCAUGCAGAUUUUUGUCAAGACGUUAACUGGAAAGACCAUUACUCUUGAGGUGGAGAGCUCCGACACCAUCGAUAAUGUGAAGGCAAAGAUCCAGGACAAGGAGGGAAUUCCUCCUGAUCAGCAGAGGCUUAUCUUUGCAGGGAAGCAGCUGGAGGAUGGGCGUACCUUGGCAGAUUAUAACAUCCAAAAAGAAUCCACUCUUCAUCUUGUCCUGCGCCUCCGUGGCGGCCUUUAACUAAAGCAGUUUGAUGUCUGCUCCUUUUACCCCUAGUACUGUUUGAUGUUCAGCAAUGCGUUCCUGUACUGUUUUGAUGCGCCCGUUCUAUGUACGCAACACGAUUCUACAAUAUUUCAGAGUAUUCCUGUUAUUUGAUAGUACACCGUUCCAUUUCUGCGACA